AAUCGUAAUACCGAAAAUCUUGGUACACCCGGUACCCGUACCAGCAGUGUUUUGCCCGAUUUGCUUAGUCAAGCCUCACCAGCAACACCACCACGUCAUGAUAAAUCAUCCAGUGAGGAGUAUCAAGCGGCCAUCAACUCAUCAGUGCAUUCCACACCAUCGAAAUCGUUUAUUGGCGGUGUCUCUAACAAUUCACCCCAAUCGACAAUUUCGUUGAAUUCUUCGUCGUCAAGACAAAAUAGCCCAAAGAAUUCAAUCUCAAAGACACGUUCGUCUAGUAGUAUUACUAAUCUUUUACAUAAAUCUGCUUCUUCCUCUUCCAAUACUUCAUCGGCUGCUCUACCCGUUCCACCCUAUGCCCUACAACAGAAACAACGUAGUUUUCUUACCUUUGGUUUUGGUGCUGGCGGUUCUGGUCCCUCGAGACGUGAAUCACAUGUCAAUGUUAAUGUUACACCCACAUCGCAUGAAGCAUCCAGUGAUACGCCCGAAAUACGCAAAUAUAAGAAACGUUUCAAUUCCGAAAUAUUGUGUGCUGCACUCUGGGGUGUUAAUCUAUUGAUUGGCACCGAGAAUGGUUUAAUGCUGUUGGAUCGUUCGGGUCAGGGAAAGGUCUAUCAAUUAAUAUCACGUCGUCGCUUCCAACAAAUGGAAGUUUUAGAAGGACAAAAUAUUUUAGUUACCAUAUCGGGUAAAAAGAAUCGUGUACGCGUUUACUAUUUAUCCUGGCUGAAAUCGAAAAUUUUAAGAACUGAUGGUCUAUCAGAUCAAGUUGAACGUCGCAAUGGUUGGAUAAAUGUUGGUGAUUUACAAGGUGCUGUACAUUUUAAAAUUGUUAAAUAUGAAAGGAUUAAGUUCCUAGUGAUUGCAUUAAAAGACUCUAUAGAAAUUUAUGCCUGGGCUCCCAAACCAUAUCAUAAAUUCAUGGCAUUUAAGAAUUUCGGUGAAUUAGAACAUCGUCCUCUGUUAGUUGAUCUAACCAUUGAAGAUCAAUCUAGACUGAAGGUCAUUUAUGGCUCUGCUGAAGGUUUCCAUGCCGUCGAUUUAGAUUCAGCUGAAGUAUACGAUAUUUAUCUUCCUAAGCAUACUCAGGGUGCAAUCAUUCCUCAUUGUAUUGUGGCUCUUCCAAAUUCAAAUGGUAUGCAGUUAUUAUUAUGCUAUGACAACGAAGGUGUUUAUGUCAAUACAGUGGGACGUGUAUCGAAAAAUAUAGUGCUACAGUGGGGUGAAAUGCCAACAUCAGUAGCCUAUAUAGGAACUGGACAAAUUAUGGGCUGGGGCAAUAAAGCAAUAGAGAUCCGUUCUGUUGAGACAGGCCAUUUGGAUGGUGUAUUCAUGCAUAAAAAAGCACAACGUUUGAAAUUUUUAUGCGAACGCAAUGACAAGGUAUUCUUCAGCAGUGCCAAAGGUGCUUCAUCGUGUCAAAUCUACUUCAUGACUCUCAAUAAACCGGGUAUGGCGAACUGGUAACAAAUAUGGUCCAUAGAUCAAACUAUGAAGAAACAACAACAAUAACAGUAAUUUCACAACAACAACAAAGAGAAAAGCAGUAAUUAAGUUAAAUUGAAUUCGCUAUUCGCUAUUUAAAAAAAAAAACGAAAACAACAACUAACGAAAGAUUUUGAAAAGCUAGAAAAAAGUCUCCCAAUAAAAACAAUUACACAUAAAAAUUACUGCUACAGUUAUCUAUGGAUCGAGAGGCAUACUAAAGGAGAGACAGAAAAUUUUGUUUUUUUUAUAACAAAAAAAUAUUAAAUUAUUUCUUUUUCAUUAUUUUUUGUAACCCUGCAUAUAUAAACGAGAAAAAAAACAUAAACGCAAUUUGAUGAUAAUGAUUUAUGAAAAUUUCAAAUCAUUUAAUUAUUUUAUAUCAAUUAUUAUUAUAAUUUUUUUUUUUAGAAAUUAAAAAAAAAACUUGCUUAGUUUAAGAUUGAAGAAAAAUCAGAAAUAAAAACAAACAAUUUAUAUUCAUAUUAACUUGAAAUGAAAAAGCAAAAACAUAUGAAAACAUAUUCUAUUUAACUUGAAAAAAAAAAACAAAAAAUAUAUUAGAUUUUGCAAUAUAUUUAAAAAUGAAAGUGAAACAAAACAAAGCAUUCAAAUUAUUAACAAGCUCAUUAUGUUGAAAAACAAUUAAUAAGUUUUGAGUAAAAGUAAAACAAAAGUAUCUAUUAUACCCCAGAAUUAAAACCAGGUUUAUAAAACUAUAUAUAUAAAAUAAUAAUAAUAAUAAU